GUAACCGAGAAAGAGAGAAGAUCCGAGAGCUCCAAGAUCCUGAUUUAACGUGGAGAUCUGCUGUACUGGCGUGGAGAUUAAAGGCAACCCAGCAGUGGUUGUGAGGCGUAAAACUAUGGAGCGACGGAACUCCAGCAGUGAAGGAGGAACCUCUGGUCUAAAACUGCAGAAUUCCAGAGCAGAUCCUCCAGAGCCCAGCUGUGUGUCUAUGAAAAGCAAAAAUUCAAUGUUUGAACCUCCAGCCUUCAGUACAAGUACAACUGAUAACCUAAGACUAAAAUUGCAGAAAUCCAGAGCAGAGUCAUCAGAGCCCAGCUGCAUGUCUUUACAAAAUAACUCGAUGAUUAUCCCUCAAGAUUUCAGUACAAAAGGGACUGGUAAUGACCCGAGUUGGAGGAUGGAUGCCCAGCUCCAGGAUCAGUCCAGGUGUGGAUUGGGUCACCACCUUCUGACUGAUCCAGUCUCUAUCACCUGUGGUCAUAGUUUUUGCAAGCAGUGCAUCAGCUGCUUCUGGGAACCUUUAGCUGCAUCAGAAGACUUUGUCUGUCCUCGGUGCAGAAAAAGAUUUAGAACACAUCCAGUUCUCCAUCCAUAUAAUGUGUCCAUGGAGCAAGAUUCUUACCAACCAGCAGAUGACAACCUGCAUGAAGUCUUAGAGAAGCACAAAACCAGCAUUAAGAAAAAGUAUGAGACCUUAUUUGAGGGAAUCCAAAUCCCAGAGAACAAAACACUCCUGAACAGGGUUUACACACAGCUGUAUAUCAUAGAGGGAGAAAGUAAAGGGGUGAAUGAAGAGCAUGAGGUUUUACAGAAGAGCCUAUCAAGAAAAAACCUACAAAAAAAUCCAAUCAACUGCUCAGAUAUCUUUAAACUGCUACAAGGUCCUAAAGGAGAAAAAGAAGAGGGGUACAUUGGAGCUGGGAUGGCUGAAGGUCUUAGUUACAUAGAAAAAAAAGAAGACAAAAAGCUGAGAACUGUGCUGACCAAAGGCAUUGCUGGCAUUGGAAAAACUGUAUCUGCGCAGAAGUUCAUUCUGGACUGGACUGAAGGAAAAGCCAAUCAGGAUGUACAUUUUAUGUUUGUGCUUCCAUUCCGGGAGCUGAAUUUGAUUAAAGAUGAUCAAUACAGUUUUCAUGGACUUCUGUGUGAUUUCUAUCCUGAGCUUAAAGAUCUGGACCCAAAGAUUUAUGAUCAGUACAAAGUUGUGUUUAUAUUUGAUGGUCUGGACGAAAGCAGAAUUCCGCUGAGCUUUUCACAGGGUGAGAAAGUAUCUGACACCACUGUAACAUCACCAGUGGGUGUGUUGCUGACUAACCUCAUCAAAGGAGAGCUGCUUCCCUCUGCUCUAAUCUGGAUAACCUCCCGACCAGCUGCAGCUAGUCAGAUUCCUUCUCAAUGCAUCAACCGUGUGACAGAAAUUCAGGGAUUCAGUGAUCCACAGAAGGAGGAGUACUUCAGGAAGAGAAUCAGUGACCAAGACCAAGCCAAGAGAAUCAUCUCACACAUUAAAACAGCGAGGAGCCUCCACAUAAUGUGCCACAUUCCAGUCUUCUGCUGGAUCUCAGCCACUGUUCUUCAGCAAGUCAUGAAACAUAAUAGAGAAAUUCCUAAAACUCUGACUGAAAUGUACUCACACUUCCUGCUCACUCAGGCAAACAUGAAGAAUGAGAAGUAUGAGGAAAAAGACGAAAGAGACCCAAAGAACCUGCUGGAAUCUAACAGAACCAUUCUUCUGAAACUGGCUGAACUGGCUUUCAAACAGCUGAUGAAGGGCAAUGUGAUGUUCUAUGAAGAGGACCUGAGAGAGAGCAACAUCGAUGUCACUGAGGCCUCAGUGUAUUCUGGGAUUUUCACUGAGAUCUUUAGGGAGGAAUGUGUGCUUUACCAGAGGAAAGUCUACUGCUUUGUUCAUCUGACCUUUCAGGAAUUCUUGGCUGCUGUCUAUGUUUUUCACUGCUAUGAGAGCAGGAACAUUAGAGCACUGGCGUUUCUCAUACCAGAAUAUAGAGAAGAUCCUAAGGAAGUUUCACUUACGUUUGUCAAACCAUGGUCCAGGAAAUGGUCUGAGAAUGUUACACUGGAUGAACUAUUAAAGGGAGUGGUGGAUAAAGCUGUUGAGAGUCAGAAUGGACACCUGGAUCUUUUCCUCCGUUUCCUGUUGGGCCUCUCACUGGAGUCAAAUCAGAGACUCCUUCGGGGCCUACUGAUAUCCCCACAGAGCAGUUCAGAGAAAACUAUAGAGUACAUCAAGGAAUUGAUCAAAGGAUAUGAACAAUAUCCAUUCUUGACUGAUGGAUCUCUUUCUACUGAGAGGUCCAUCAAUCUUUUUCUCUGUUUGUCCGAAAUGAACGACCAGUCUCUCUCCAGAGAACUUCAGCACUAUCUAAAAUCAAAUAAACACUCAGAAGAGAAGUUCUCUCCUGGACAUUGUUCAGCACUAGCCUAUAUGCUUCUUUUGUCGGAGGAGGUGCUGGAUGAGCUGGACCUGAAGAAAUACAACACAUCAGAGGAGGGUUAUAGGAGACUGAUUCCAGCUGUGACUGUCUGCCGAAAAGCUCUAUUAGAUGGCUGUUGUCUAACUAAGAACUCAUAUGAAACUCUCUGCUCAGCUCUUCAGUCAGCAAAUUCCAGCCUGAAAGAGCUAGACCUCAGUAACAAUGAUCUGCAGGAUUCAGGAGUGGAGCUACUCUCUGAAAAAGAAAGGACAGUGGGCAGACUAGCUCUCUGUAAUCUCACUACUAACUCCUGUGAGAAACUAGGAUCAACUCUACAAUCAGCAAACGGCCCCCUGGAAGAAUUAGAUUUAGGAGUGGAACUGCUCUCUGCUGGACUGAGGAGUUCACACUGUAAACUGGAGAUACUUAGAGUAGCUCGCUGUAAUCUUACCACAGACUCCUGUGAGAUACUAGCAUCUGCUCUACAAUCAACAAACUGUCUUCUGAAGGAGCUGGACCUCAGUAACAAUGACCUGCAGAAUUCAGGAGUGGAGCUGAUCUCUGCCUUACUUAAGAGUUCUCAUUGUAAACUGGAGAUACUCAGAUUAGCUGUCUGUAAUUUUGAGGAAAAGGGUUGUGAAAAUUUGGCUUCAGCGCUUCAUUCAGUAAACUCCUCCUUGAAAGAGCUGGACCUCAGUAACAAUGAUCUGCGGGAUUCAGGAGUGGAGCUGCUCUCAGCUGGGCUGAAGAGGGCACAAUGUAAACUGGAGGUUCUCAGAUUGUCUGGUUGUAUGGUCACGAAUGAAGGCUGUUCUUCUCUGGCUUCAGCUCUGAAAUCAAACCCUUCCCACCUGAGAGAACUGGAUCUGACCUAUAAUCACCCAGGAGAGUCUGGAGUGAAGCUGCUCCAUGAUCUACUGAAGGAUCCACACUGUAAACUGGAGAUACUACAAGUGGAAUGUGGAGGGAAGAUCAGAAUGAAACCCGGACGAAAGAAAUAUGCCUGUUGCCUCAAUCUGGACCCAAACACAGCACACAGACGUCUCUGUCUGUCCGAGGGGAACAGAAAGGUGCAGAGCGUGGAAAAGGAUCAGCCAUAUCUGGAUCAUCCAGACAGAUUUGAUCACUAUUAUCAGGUUCUGAGUGUGGAGAGUCUGACUGGACGCUGUUACUGGGAGGCUGAGUGGACAGGGACGGAGGCUGAUAUCGCCAUGACAUACAGAGGCAUCAGGAGGAAAGGAUGCAAUGAAGAGUGUUGGUUUGGAUUCAGUGACCAGUCCUGGAUUCUCUAUUGCUCUGAUAACAGUUACUCUGUGUGGCACAAUAGUAAGAAAAUAAAUGUCCUUGCCCCUCCCUCCAGGUCCAACAGAGUAGGAGUGUAUCUGGACUGGGCAGCUGGCACACUGUCCUUCUACAGCAUCUCACCUAGCACACACACACUGACCCACCUACACACAUUCAGCUCCUCAUUUACUGAGCCCCUCUACGCUGGCUUUGGAGUCGAUUUUAACUCCUCGUUGUAUAUGUGUGAGGUAGAAUAGUCUCUUGACAGGGUUUGAGUUUUGGGCCAAUGACUGGUCAGUACGCGUGUAUAUUUAACAGGCUUAGUGAUAGAGUAAUAUAAGAUGUGUGUAAAUAAUCAAAUGGUGUUGUUUACUCUAAAGUAAGGUCAGAUAAACAAUGUUUUUUUGAGCUCUAAUAAAGCUAUGAUGUAUGACA